AUGAUCCAGGUGAAGAAACCUGAGGGCUUUCUGUUGAGAGUAGAAAUUCCUUUCUAGCUCUACAUUCACGUAUCGUACCUCUUUCUGUCCCUGACCAUCCCUGCCAGGUACAACAUCUUCAAGAUCCACUGGCUCAUGGCAGCCCUGGCUUUCACCAAGGGUAUCUCACUCCUUUUUCAUUCCACCUCCUACUACAACUACAACAGCCAGGGCCACCCCUUCAAAGGCCUCGCUGUCAUGCACUACAUCACACACCUGCUGAAGGGUGCCCUCCUCUUCAUCACCAUUGCCCUGAUCAGUUCUGGCUGGGCUUUUGUCAAAUACAUCCUGUCCGACAAGGAGAAGAUCUUUGGGAUCAUGAUCCUGAUACUGGUCCUGGCCAACAUGGGCUACAUAAUCAUCAAGUCCUGUGAGGAGGGCAUCAUUGACUAUGGACUUCUCUUUCUGAUGGAUCUUAUCUGUUGUGAUGCUAUCCUUUUUCCUGUGGUUCAUCUGGCAUCUGGUCCCAACAGGAAAGUGCCUCUGAGCCCCCCACCCUUGCCCAAGCUCUCGUUUUGUGAGGGCUCCACUCACACCUUGUUCACCACAGGUUACAACUUCCAGCAGGCAGGCAACAACCCUGAGCAAGCUUGA